AUGAUUUUCGACUCGAGUGACCCGUCGUCCAGCUCGUCGCCCUGCCAGAAUCGGCAACUCGACGAUGUCACGCACUUCAGGCUGCAGUACACGUUUCAGGUUGGACAGCAAGGCCAACAGGAGAUGCUCAAUUUCGAAGACGAGGAGCGACACUUUUUGAACCAGCAGGACAGUUUGGCUUCCAACGAAUCAUUCAUUUCAGAUGAUUCGCAAAAUUUGAGCGACCCUGUGAAAAAGUCAGGCCGACGGCGAUCGAGUGGCUCCCUGAAGAAACGUUCCACCAACCCAGUCGUGGUCAAGAAACGCAGACUCGCGGCGAACGCGCGUGAACGGCGGCGCAUGUUGAACCUGAACACGGCAUUUGACCGACUGAGAACCGUCUUGCCAGGGCUCGGCAGCGAAAAACAACUGUCCAAAUACGAGACCCUCCAGAUGGCCCAGAGCUACAUCGCCGCGCUCGACGAGCUUUUGCACUGACCAGUGGGCCGAGAGCGCGCGCCGGCCUCUUUGACGACUCACUUUCUUCCCGGUUGUGACAUUUUAUUUAUGCCGGAUGUGCGCGGACGAUUUUGCGCUUCGCAUGUCAAAUUGGAAAUAAUG